CAAAAGUGUUUGUGUGUGUUUAAGUAAAAUAAAAAAAAAAACAAACCAGUUUUGAACUUUUUUUUUUCUGUCUUUUGGUUCAAAAUUCGCAUCGCACAACUUGAACUGCUACAAAAUAAAUAAAAACGGUUAAAAAAAGGGAUUACAGUGCAUAUAUAAAAAUAUAUCUCAAAGAUUUGUUUGGAAUAACAGUAUCAAGCCGUUUAGCAUUAACACAGUAGAAAGCAGCAAAAAAACAAAAAAUAACAAAAUUGGAUAUUGGAUAUAAAAUAAAUUUAUGGCUUCAGACCAAAAGACGGUGGCCUGACACUUGCAAGUGCGCUGACUUUUAACGAUGCCAAAUAAUCACCAUUCGAUUUCGCUCAACACCAUCAGGACGACGACAACGACAACGACUACCCCGUUGUUGGUACAUCUUUGGUUGGUCAUCAUCUUGACGGUGAUUCUACUCCUCCCAACAACCGAAGUCAAAUCGCUCAAGGUGUCGGGCAUUAGCGAGGAGAAAUCAUCGGCAACAGCUUCAUCUGAAGGACAACGAUUCGCCAUGGAGCCGCAAGAUCAAACGGCUGUCGUUGGGUCACGUGUAACGCUUCCUUGCCGCGUCAUGGGCAAAAUUGGAGCCUUACAAUGGACAAAGGACGACUUUGGCUUGGGCCAACACCGAAAUUUAAGCGGUUUCGAGCGUUAUUCAAUGGUUGGCAGUGAUGAAGAAGGCGAUUUCUCUUUGGACAUUUAUCCAGUUAUGUUGGAUGAUGAUGCAAAAUAUCAGUGUCAAGUUGGCCCUGGACCCUUAGGGGAACCUGGAAUCCGUUCGAGAUUUGCUAAAUUGACGAUAUUGGUGCCGCCAGAAGCACCAAAAAUUCUACAAGGUGACUAUUUGGUUACAACAGAAGACCGAGAAAUUGAAUUGGAGUGUGUUUCCGUUGGUGGAAAACCAGCUGCAGAGAUAACAUGGAUAGAUGGUCUCGGCAAUGUUCUAUCUAAUGGUAUUGAAUAUGUUAAAGAACCUUUAGCUGAUUCAAGAAGAUCAACUGCCAAAUCAAUACUUAAAUUAGCACCUAAAAAAGAGCACCAUAACACAACAUUUACAUGUCAAGCACAAAAUACUGCAGAUCGAACAUAUCGUUCUGCUAAACUUUUAUUAGAGGUUAAAUAUGCUCCUAAAGUAACCGUUUCUGUUGUUGGUGGAUCUUUGGCUGGUGGAAGAAUACCAGAAGGAGCUGAAGUUAUACUUUCAUGCCAAGCUGAUGCUAAUCCAAAAGAACUGAGUUAUAAAUGGUUUAUUAAUGAUGAACUUGUUACUGGAGAUUAUACUACAAAAAUGAUUAUUCACAACAUAUCACGACAAUAUCACGAUGCUAUAGUUAAGUGUGAAGUAUUUAAUGCAGUUGGCAAGAGCGAAGAAAGCGAAACAUUAGACAUAAGUUAUGGUCCAGUUUUUAAACAUCGACCAGAAUCAGUUGAAGCUGAUAUCGGAAGUACUGUUAAUUUAAGAUGUGAAGUCGAUGGCAAUCCGCCCCCAGAAAUCGAAUGGAUAAAUGAGAACUCCGAAAGAGUUGUGGGUACCUCAUCCAAUCUCACCCUAAAAGUCAAUUCUGAUUCAGCUGGCCGUUACUAUUGCAAAGCCAAUGUUAUAGGUUUUACAGAAAUUGGAGCUGAAGCUACAGUUUAUGUCAAACGUGCUCCCAUCAUAACAUCGCACAAAGUUCAAUUUGGCUCUAUAGGCAAUAGAGUUAAAGUUGAUUGUUUAGCAUUUAGUGUUCCAAAGUCUGAUAAUAUAAUAUGGCUCUUCGAAGGCCAUCCAAUCAAUGUCAGUUUUGAUGAUGCAUACACUUUGGAGGAGCAACAUUUUCCCGAAGGUGUUAAAGCUUCUCUGAUUAUAAGAGAAAGCCAAUCCAGUCAAUAUGGCAAAUACAAUUGUACAGUUGUAAAUAGUUAUGGAAGUGAUUCCAUAGUGAUUACUCUUAUACCAGAAAGAACAAUUCCUUAUUUCUUUGUUGUGAUGGGAUCUGUGACAGGUGUUGCUGUAAUUAUUAUGGUGGCCAUGCUUGUUGUGGUCUAUCUUAAGCGAGCCAAGAAGAAGCCUCUUCCAGCCGAUGUUAUCCCAGAGGGUAGGGUCAAUGAUAAACUAAAUGACAUGAAAACCGAUAUCCGCUCUGGAGGAUAUGACGUUGACUACUCAGAAACCUGCUCGGGAUCAGAGAGCUUAGCGAUAAAUUUGACAUCAGCACCAAUGCCAGAUAUUGCAACGAAAGGUGGAACCUUAGGAGUACCACUAGCUGGUCCAGUCAAGCUUACUAAUGAGGAUAGGUUUUCUGGUGAGUUCAGUGAUCGUUAUAAUCGUUGUAUGGUGAAGAAUCAAAAGAACCAGGACAUCAAAGAUAAUAACGGUUAUGCACCGUACUUUGAAUAUGCCCUCGAUUACAGCCCACCAACGGAUAGUAUAAGCAAGUCAGCCUCAAACACCUUGACAACAUCAACUACCCUACCCCACUACAAUAAUCCCAUAUCAUCGGGCAAUAUGAGCCUUCCAAGAGCUCGAAAUGAACCCCAAUAUGUGCAAAGUGCAAUGCAAAAUGGUUUUCUAGGACAACCUUUGCUGCAAAAUGGCUUAGCCAUAGAUAGCAGAUUUAGUGCGAUUUAUGGCAAUCCAUACCUACGAACAUCGAGUACAAUACUCCCACCUUUGCCACCGCCAAGUACAGCUAAUCCAGCAGCAACACCUGCUCCACCACCAUAUCAUGCUCCUAGAAAUCAUCCUUCUAGCAUAAGUGGCAGCACUGCUGCAACGUCCCUAAAGAGCUUUGGUCCCAGUGCCAUAGGCAUUGGAAGUAUCGGAAGUAAUAGCAACAGCAAUCUGACAGCGAGUAGCAAUACACUACACUCCAUUGCACCCCUGACAACGAUACAAUCCCCGUCGCAGGCGCUCAACCAAAGUCCUUCGGGACAAUUCAUAUUGCCCUCGAAUGGCAAUACGAAAAAAGGUGCUUUAGCCACGCAUGUUUAAUACAAAAAAAAAACUUAGACUUAUAGCAAAACAAAUCAAUUCAAAAAAUGAAAGUUUAUACCAUAUUGUGAUUUCUAGAGUUAAUUAUAAAAAAAUUUUAAAAAAUUAAAAAAAGAAAAAAAAAAUCAAUGCAUAUAUAAAAAAAAUUAAUAAAACAAAAAAAAAACAAUAUGAUUUGUUUUUCAUAACGGAAAGUAGAU